AUGGUUCAGCUAAGUGUUGAAGCAGUUAUCGGUCUGGCGGUUGUAUGCGAGUUGUUCAUGGAUAUUCAUCAAUCAUUUCCAGAUUACUACUAUGUCAUUAUGUGGUCUUAUAAUCCUUCUGAUCUAGAGUUAUUCACUGAGCUCUAG